GAUUGAUUCGUCGAAAAUUUCCUUCACUAUUUCGCAACGGAUUUCGGUCGAGAGACAGUACACCUGUCGGUGCUCCCCGUUUCGUGAGUCGAUAUUCUAUUACAGCUGCUUGUGUAUCUUCGUCGGUUUACCAGAAGCUUGAGCUUCCAGGUUCGGUGCGCCCAGUAAAGGCUCGGAAAAGUUUUCGCUUUUGGUUGUACUAUAACGGUUGUCAGGUUUUCCUCGGUAUCAAUGUGUUGCAUCUUCAUUUCGUCGAAGUUUUCGAUAGCUCGACGCUCGAGGAGUACCACUCAAAUUUUGCAAUCUACAAGCACGACAGGCUUUCCCCCGAGCCUAUUCUUUACAUACUCCCACAUUUUCAAGAUCUGAGAAUUACGUACAAACAUUCCUACGUGUAUUUCAUCAAAUAAUUGCUGAAGCUAAUCUACCGAAAAUUUGAUACUGUAAAAAUAUUGGGUUUUAAGUUUAAGAAUUAAUUAAUUCGUCCCCGGACUGUGUGUGUCGGGGCCGGCGAAAGUUCCACGACCUGGUAAGCUUUUUGAUAUUUGAUCAUUAGAAUUGAAAACUUCGCCAUACACGAUGCCUGCGCAUUUAGUUUUUUUUCACACAUGUUUUCCCACGGACGAAUUAAUUUUCGAUAGAACAAGGAGUGGCACGAUACAGACACACAGGUGACUCAGAGACAGACACCCACACAAGAUCCGUCGCGCAAUCAUUUGUCGACAUACAUGACGAACGGAGUUAAUUUUUUCCUCAUACACACACUCCGGGAAUUAAUUAAUUAACUUAGAAACUUAGAAUCUAAGUAAAUUAAUUAAUUCCGGGACUGUGUGUGUGAAAAGUCAGUCUAGCCUCUUGGCGUUGUUUGCAUACCCCGCUUGUAGCCACUACGCCCGCGCGGGCGCGCAGGCGAUUGACGAGCGCCCGCCUGCGCACAGUACAGCGAAAAGCAUGUCUGUGCGUGAAAGCUACAAAGGCCCGCACUUUACUAAGUAAUUCCAAAAAUGCCGCGCGCCGUCGACGUCAUUCGCGUCGCAUUGGGCCGAUGCGGCCACCUCGUUCUAUUCCUGCCGUGCACACUCGUCCACGGCAGCCCAGAGACAUCCUGCGAGCGCGCGCCAGCCCGCCUUCUCCGCGCGCGCGCGCGCGACGCAGGCCAUCUGCCCGCGCGCGCACACAGGCUCGACCUCCUGUGUGUGCGCGCGGGCUAUUCGCCCUGCGUGCGCGGCCCCAACCUUCUGCGCGUCUGCGCGCGCGCGAGCCCACCGCCUGCGAGCGCGCGCGGUACAGGAAGAUUUCUGCGCACCCGGAGAGCAUGAGGAUGGUUGCGCGCGCGCGCGCGCGGUGCACAGGACACGGCGACGGUUGCGAGCGCGCGGGGCAUGUGGAUGUCUGCAUGCGCGCGCGCGCGAUUGAGAUUGCGCACUCGCACAGGGCAUGAGGCUGUCUGCGCGUCCGCGCGCGCGAUUGCGUGCGCGCACAGGACAUGAAGAUAAAGGCCGCAAGUGGGUGCGCGCGCGCGCGCGCGAAAGACCUAAAAUUCUGCGCCCGUGCUCACACACACAAAAAUCUGAGUGCGCCCGCAAAACUCACAGCCGUACGCGUUGGUUUUUGGGCCCGGCUCGGCCACACGAAAACGCGCCGCGUCAUUGUGCCUGGCGCGCUGAAAAUGGGCGCCGAAGCUGCCAGUGCUCGCCCUGAAGCUGAACACAGAGGGCCCCUGAAUUAAUUAAUUAACUUAGAAACUAAGUUUCUAAGAAAAUUAAUUAAUUCCCGGAUAACCUGUGUCCAGGGAAAUAAUGCCGUGGUCCGUGUGUGUAUUGGAUAAAGUGAGCGGCCACUGCCCUCAUGUGUGGCCCGAAAUUGCCCGCGCCGUCCUCCCCUGUGGCCAUGAAAAUUAAACUCCCCGACCAUGUAUAUCAAACAUUUUCCGUCCCGCCGCCGUCGUCUGUCGCCGAGAAUCCACAUCUGCGCCGCGCUCUCCGAAUCCGCUCCGACACCACAUGGAGACGCCGGCCCCGACACACACAGUCCGGGGACGAAUUAAUUAAUUCUUAAACUUAAAACCCAAUAUUUUUACAGCCCCGAAAAUUUUGUUUUAAGUCCUUCACGACAGAAAAUUUGAAAGGUUUAUUGUAUGUAUCAAGUCGUAUCAACUACAUUCCAAUUCGUAUUCGAUUCAAGACGAAAACGAACGCAAACAAAGCAUCCCGACUUACGAUACGAGAGUUUUGCAUCUCUGUUGACACUACAACGUCGCACACUAAACUUUUUUGCCAUUUGAAGCUUUCUAGGUCUUGCUCCUGAUGUUCGGAUUCAAUAUUGCCCCCUAGCACGAUGGGAAAUACCGAAUCAAGUGGUGGAACAGCGCCGGCAGGCCGAAUUCGUGGCUCCUCACGACGGGGAGAUGAUCUUCAGCGGAAGAAGCAGGUGCGUGCCGACGGCGAAGCGGGUGCGUUUUCCGUGCUUAUGCAACCCAAUCGCGCGGAGGGCUCCAGUACAGACGAGAACAACAGCACCAGCGCGUCCCGAAUCCGGCGAGGCCACGAGGGGGAGAACACGACGUCCCAACGCAAGGACACCCCGGGCAGCUACGCCCAUGACGCCCAGAUUCCGGUGCCGUCCGACGGGACCACGGAGGCCGGGACCGGGUCCGCGGAGCGUGCCCGCAGCCUGCAAUUGGGAUCCGCCACGGCGCAGGAUCUGCAGAGGACCUCGUUCGGGUCCGUAGAUCUGCAGAACCGGUCCGCCGACGUGCAAACGCUCGCCCAACGCACGAUUCAAUUGAUGGCCGAGGCCAAUCAAUCGGGGAAGACCAAUGCUUCCGCGGCGACCACCGGAGGAAUGGAUCAGAUCCUGGUCCAGCCGCCACUUCGAAAUACGGCGGCGAUCCAGCAAUCCAACCCUGCUGUAUCGGCGAAGAAAUCGUACACGGGGAAUGAUUCCGGCACAGCCGGGGGCCGGCAGUCCACCUCCUUAGCCAAACAAGGAAGCGCGGACCAGCCGAAACAAGGAAGUGGGGAUCGCCGAAGCUUUCUUCCGAGCAGGAUCACGGCAACCGGAACUUCUACCCAGCAGGCCGGACCGGCACCUGCGGGUAGUGCCCAACAACAAGCCUCCCAUCCGCACCAGACCCUUGCGGACUUGGCCCGAGCAGGCGGUGGUUCCGUGCCCGCCCAGAGCCAACCGAUGAGCCUCGGCCCGAGCCAAGCGACAGGCUUCGGCCAGACGAGUCAAGCGACAGGCUUCGGCCAGAGCCAACCGACAGGCCACGGCCCGAGCCAACCGACAGGCUUCGGCCAGAGCCAGCCAGGAGCUUUUGGUGCCACCAUCGCACCGGGGCAACAGUCUUCCGCGCAGAGCCGGACACCAUCGCACCUGGACCAGAGCCGGACAGUGCCGUUUCAGGCGGCCUCGGCUCGCACCGACCAGCCGUCGGAAAUCGUCCAGACACAAGGCACCGCCGACCGAUCGACGAGGCGCGUGGUUCGCAAAACCCGAGUCACCACACAUAGGCGUGGGAAAAAGUUGCUGCUCAAACAGGUGGACUGGUUAGUCCUCUAUUAUUCUGAAGUAGUCACUUCGUACAAAGACAAACGAGCGAAAUCUGAAGAGCCUACUUAUCUCGUGGCGUCUUCUUAUGAGAAGUUCUUGGUUUACUACGAUUUUUAUCGUCAACUGACAGCACGACCCGCGCCUUUGACAUAGACAGAAUUUUUCUGCAGAUAAUGCCGGUGCAGGCUGUUGGACCGAUGUAAUAGUGCGGUUUGUAAAAAAACUUGUAUGCGCACAAAAGCAAAACAAUUGUACUAUUGAACUUGGGAUGUUGCAGCUGAAAACAAAGAACUAGUUUUUGUUGCCCUGUACAGAGCAGCAACUAUUGCCCAGGAUAAGGAAAGGCAGGUCGAUUCUGACAAAUCAAGAUUUUGGCGAGGCGCAAACCACGGGCGUUGGCCACACGUACGGGAGUUCGCCGUACGGAGGGGGUCGGCCAGACGAACAGCCGUUGCUGGGGCAGUCGUUUCUGCCGGGACAAUACCAGAACGUGACGGCGGGCGGAGAUGGUGAAGCGUACUCCAUGGCAGCGGGCGAGGAUCCGAACCUGUGCUGCACGUGCGGUUAUUUGAAGUGCUCUCGCACGAUGGUUUAUGCAACAGAAAAGGAAUGGACGUCGACGCCGCUCAAGUCGUCGUCACAGGCACGGCUCGUUUAACUUGUGUGGAGUGUCUGUAUGUUGACAUAAUUAAAAGAUGGUCCUUGCGUGUCUACUAGGGGCACAAAUUAGAAAUCCAUCUCCACAAACCACACGACCACUUUCUGAGAAAUCACAGAGAUCUGGGAAUAACAAACCAAAAAACAAGAAGACUUUGCAUGUUUGUUCCUCUGACGACGGACAACAACGACGUUCACAUGAUCCUUAUCUGUUGCAUAGUCUCAUCGUCACCGUAGUGCUAGGGGUGUUGGUGCUGAUUUCGGCCGCAGUGAUUUUGGCCGUCUGCCUGAGGAAGAAGAGCACAAAGGUUGAAAUAUCAGAAAUGAAGAACUCAUUCGCAGUGGUGUACCUGACUUCAGCAUCAUAACUUCUGAGCCUGUGGCUUUCUCCGGUUCCUGUGCAUUUUUGGCAGUCAAUUUGCCUUACUCCGAGGUAGGUUCGGGGGAGAUGUAAAAAUGUAUAGAGAUUUCGUUUAUAUUCCCACCUUGUGGCGGCGUUACUGUUCCUGCUAUGGUACAACUACGAAAUGGGUUCUUUUCUGCAGCAUAAACUACUUCGCACUACUACAACCAGUACACGAUCGACAACGGUCAAGACGCUGCUGCCGCCGCUGCUGCCCCUGCGCAGUCGCCCCAGAUCACGAUUAGCGUUCUGCAACCCGAGGUAUUCCCCUGGGAACAAACACCGGUUGGAAGUGGGGAACUACCCAGGAGCGGGCAAGCGGGUGCGUCCGCGGCGGCCGGGCCUCCCGCGGCUCAAUUGCCCGCGGCGGCGGGAUCUUUUCUGGAACAUGACGACCACAGCUCCAUUUCCUCGGAAGAUGCGUUGCACGUGGCGCACACGGCUGGCAAGCAGGUAAGAAACUGGUCGCAGUCCUCCAUGCUCAACCCGAACGGCGAAGCGGGAGGCAAAAAACCGCGCCGCACCAAAAACUUGCGCGGGAGGUCGUGAAGGAAAAAACAAACAAAAUUGAGGUGAUACAAAAUCGAGAUGUUUUUAUUAUGGAUUUAUUAUUGAACAAUUGAUUUUCACAAGCUUUUCACAUCGAUUCUCAUUUUCAUUGUUUUAUUUUUACAUUAUUCCAUACUACCAUGUCCAUGUCAUCCGAACAGAUUGUUUUAUCGCUCAUCUGAAGAUAAUGAGGAGCGGAUGCAUUACUUUCAUUUUUU